AUGGUCCACCAGUUAAGUAGUUACCGUGCUCGCGAAAUUGAUGCUCAAUUCCAGAACCUGGAUAACCGAUUGGACCAGGUUUCUGAGGAUCUUGAACGUGCGGAAGGUAAUGCAACCGCCCUUCAAGAUGUACAGCGAGCUAUCCAGAAGGAUCGCAGAGACCUGCAGGAUCUACGACAGAUAGUGGUUGCCGUCGAGUAUAACCUGCAACGCCAAAAGCACCUUGCGGGUCCGGGGGACCGAGUCAAAGGCCUCCUCAGAAAUAUGGAGAAAAUGCUUGCUGCUGUUAUGCAGGGCACAAAGGGAAGUCAGGUCCAGACUAGCAAGGCACCAAUUUCCGAGGGUGGGCUCGAGUACAAUAACAAUAGAUUUGGAAACAUGGUCAACUUCACCAUCGUCAAUGGCCAAAUUUACACGCCAGGCCUGGCAAUUGUCGAUGCGCCACAGCCUAACACGCCCCUCGGAGGAGACAACCUGCAAGUCGCAAUCGACGUGUCCGGGAAUGGUCAACUACCAUGGCCAGCAUCAACUAAACCCGACUCAUCCACCCGCUUCCACGACAUCACACUCUUUUUAACCUCUGAGUCGCACAACUUCACCAUCUCCAACGGCACAAAGCCUGCAUCUAACACAAGCUACGUCGGUCCCGUCUUGGACCUAGAGCCCUCAUCAACCGUCAAACAUGUGAACUGGAUUUGGCCCGAAUGCCUCGUGGGAGACGGCUCUGGCUCAAAGGACUCGGCACGCGGAGCAUACAACAUCUCCAUGCACCAAUCUUUCCGCUGGAAUGGGACCGACUAUUAUACUGUCUUUGACCUGCCGAUCUCUGUCACCAACAGUAUAUCCAAGAGUGAUGACCGGAUCGACUGCGAUCUGCUGGAAAACAAGCUUCUUAGCGCGGCGGAGAUCGACAAGAGCUCGGAUUCGCUGCCUGGGCAGCCGUGGGUUGAGGAUGGAGUUAGUACAACGGUAUCGAGUUCCAAUGCUACUCAGACCGGGGCGGCUUCCUCACUUCCCAUGACGAUUUUUUCGGCCUCCCGACGAGUUCUCCGGAACCGCAUCGCCCGAGCUCUGAUCAUAAUCUUCGCAAUAUGGAACCUAGUCGAAAUACAUGUAAUUCAGCGCCGAAUUUACGAAAUCGAUCAUGUUCUCCGACACCGGCCGCAAAAUCAAGAACGAAUAUAUAUUGCAAGCAUCAAUUGGAACAAUGAGCUCAUUCUACGCAGUCACUGGAGCAAGGCACUCACACAGCUGGUCUUGAAGCUUGGUCGAGAAAAUGUGUUCAUCAGCAUAUACGAAAGUGGGAGCUAUGAUAACACGAAAGGCGCGUUGAGGGAACUGGAUUGGGAACUUGAGCGGAUGCGGGUGCCACGGAAUAUCACUUUAUCACCUGUGACACAUGAAGAUGAACUAGCUGCACCCGCGCGGGGAGAGGGAUGGAUUCGCACCCCCGAUGGAAAGAAACAACUCAGACGGGUACCGUAUCUAGCGCGGAUACGGAACUUGAGCUUGCUGCCUCUGCAGGAUCUUGCAAGGCAGGGUAUCACUUUUGAUAAAAUCCUGUUUCUGAAUGAUGUUGUUUUCACGCCGAAUGACGUCCUCGGACUUCUGAAUACUAAUGACGGCGAAUACGCUGCUGCUUGCUCGUUGGAUUUCUCUAAGCCUCCGAAUCACUAUGACACAUUUGCUCUCCGGGAUAGCAAGGGCCAUGAGCCCAUCAUGCAGACAUGGCCCUAUUUCAGCUCUGCGGCAUCGCGAGAUGCAAUAAAAAAUAUGUCUCCUGUUCCUGUGGCGAGUUGUUGGAAUGGCAUGGUGGCAAUGCCCGCCAGUCCAUUCAUCGCCAGCGAACCACUUCGCUUCCGAGGUAUCCCCGAUUCAUUAGCGAAGUAUCAUCUUGAAGGUUCUGAGUGUUGUCUCAUCCACAUAGACAACCCACUAUCAAUAGAGAAAGGUGUUUAUUUGAACCCUUUGGUGAGGGUCGGGUAUAGCGGCGCUGCAUAUGCAGCUAUUCAUCCGAUGAUGAAUUGGCUCUCUGCUAAGCGGGUUCUACAAGGGUUGUGGGUCAAUCAACUACGCCGCUUGGGUAUCACUUCAUGGUUGAAAGAAGUAAUAGUUCGAAGGCGGCUAGACAGCUGGAGAGCUUUGAAUAUUGGGAAUGAAGAGCGUGGGGAACUUUGCAUUAUCAAUGAGAUGCAAGUUCUGCAUCGAUAUGGAUGGGCCCAUGUUUAA